AUGGCCUCUCUCUCAAGCCUCUACUCUUCUUCUUCCCCUUCUCUCAAACCAUCCGUUAAACCACUAACGGCUCCGAUCAGAGGAGCAGACUCCUUCUCUUUCCCACACACCUCAAAACCAACCCACCUUCUACCAUUGACUCUCUCUCGCUCUGCGUCUCGCUCCGACAUUUCUCACACUAAUGUCGCCGCCAAGAAGGAGCUUAUCAAAGAUCCCAAUGCGCUCUGGAACCGUUACCUCGACUGGCUAUACCAGCAGAAGGAACUCGGGCUGUAUCUUGAUGUCAGCCGCGUUGGAUUCACAGAUGAGUUCGUGGUUGAUAUGGAGAAGAGAUUCAAAGGUGCGUUUAAGGAUAUGGAGGAUCUUGAGAAAGGGUCUAUAGCGAAUCCAGAUGAAGGGAGGAUGGUUGGUCAUUACUGGCUUAGGAACUCUAGUCUCGCGCCUAGACCGGGUUUAAAGACGUUGAUCGAGAACACGCUUGAUUCCAUCUGUAGUUUUGCUGAUGACAUUGUCUCUGGCAAGAUAAAGCCACCAUCUUCUCUUGCGGGUCGUUUUACUCAGAUACUUUCUGUUGGCAUUGGAGGCUCUGCUCUUGGACCUCAGUUUGUUGCUGAGGCCUUGGCUCCUGAUAACCCUCCCUUGAAGAUAAGAUUCAUUGACAACACCGACCCUGCGGGAAUCGAUCAUCAGAUCGCACAACUUGGGCCAGAGCUUGCCUCAACUUUAGUAAUUGUCAUCUCAAAGAGUGGAGGUACUCCUGAAACUAGAAAUGGAUUAUUGGAAGUACAGAAAGCAUUCAGAGACGCUGGUCUGAACUUUGCAAAACAGGGUGUUGCUAUAACACAAGAAAACUCGUUACUGGAUAACACGGCGAGAAUUGAAGGUUGGUUAGCUAGAUUUCCUAUGUACGACUGGGUGGGUGGAAGAACAUCAGUAAUGUCUGCCGUUGGUCUGCUUCCAGCAGCACUACAGGGGAUUGAUAUUAGAGAGAUGCUUGCUGGUGCUGCUAUAAUGGAUAAGGCAACUAGGAGAACUUCGCUCAAGAAUAACCCUGCAGCGCUCUUAGCAAUGUGUUGGUACUGGGCUUCUGAUGGCGUUGGUUCCAAGGAUAUGGUUAUCCUUCCUUACAAGGAUAGCCUAUUGUUAUUUAGCCGGUAUCUGCAGCAGUUGGUCAUGGAAUCACUAGGAAAGGAGUUUGAUCUUGACGGUAACACUGUUAAUCAAGGGUUAACUGUAUACGGAAACAAAGGGAGCACAGAUCAGCAUGCGUACAUUCAACAGCUGAGAGAGGGUGUUCACAAUUUCUUUGCAACCUUUAUAGAAGUGCUACGUGACAGACCCCCAGGCCAUGAUUGGGAUCUUGAACCAGGUGUCACUUGUGGAGACUACCUCUUUGGGAUGCUACAGGGAACUAGAUCUGCUUUAUAUGCAAACGGUAGAGAGUCCAUUAGUGUUACUAUCGAGGAAGUGACACCAAGAUCUGUUGGUGCUCUUAUAGCUCUUUAUGAAAGAGCGGUGGGGUUAUAUGCCUCACUUGUCAACAUUAAUGCUUACCACCAACCUGGUGUGGAAGCUGGUAAAAAGGCAGCAGCAGAGGUUCUGGCCCUGCAAAAGCGUGUAUUGUCAGUUCUUAAUGAAGCUAGUUGUAAAGAUCCAGUAGAGCCAUUGACACUGGACGAGAUAGCUGAUCGUUGUCAUGCUCCUGAGGAAAUUGAGAUGAUAUACAAGAUCAUAGCGCACAUGUCUGCAAACGACAGAGUUCUAAUAGCUGAAGGAAGUUGCGGAUCGCCAAGGAGUGUCAAAGUGUUCUUGGGCGAGUGCAAUGUGGAUGACAUGUACGCAUAG